CGCCACGAAGGACACUCCCGCGCAAUGUUUCGAAUUUAGAACGCUUUAUUUUUUUCUGUUAAAUUCUUACCGGCCAGUGACAGCAGUAUGAUCGGAGUGAACAGUAUCCGCCACGUUAACCGGUGGGGGUUGCGAGGUUACCAUUCCGGAGUGGGAGUGUUCGGCCAUCGACCGCGAGAGGUUACGGAGACCGAUAUACCAGAGGAAGUGGUAGCGCGUCGCUACGAGAACUGCCGGGCGCAGCGGCUGGUGGACGCGUACCGAACCUACGGCCAUCUACGGGCCACUAUCGACAAUGUGGAGUACAGACAACCUAACAGGAACAUCAAAGAACUUAGCAUAUCAAGAUACGGCCUUUCUUCACAAGACAAAGUGGAUUUAGGGCUGCUGUAUGGAUAUAAUGGGAAGGAAUCUACCAACAAACUUGUCGAAGAGCUAGAGAAAAUAUACUGUGGACCCAUCUCAUAUGAAUUUUCUUAUUUGGAGUCAGACGCCGAGCGCGAGUGGUUCGCGCACCGCGUGGAGAGCGACAAUGACGUCAUCAGCACUGACCGACAGCGGGAGAUUCUGAAGGACCUGCUGCAGUCGCAGGCGUGGGACAAGUUCAUGACCACCAAGUUCCCCGCCGUGAAGAGAUACAGCGGGGAGGGGGCGGAGUCCAUGCUGACGUUCUUCUCCACGCUGUUCCGGCUGACUACAGCAGAACAAAUGGAGUACAUAACCGUCAUCAUGGCUCACCGGGGCAAGCUGAACGUGCUGACGGGCCUGCUCAACUGUCCGCCCGUCAAGAUCUUCCACAAGUUCACCGGCCAGCCGGAGUUCCCGCCCGACGUCAAAGCCGCCUGCGACAUCGCUCUGCAUUUCAGUGCUUCAACUGAUAUAACCGUCGACGGAAAGAAAGUGAGACUGUCCAUGAUCAACAACCCUUCGCAUUUGGAGGCAGGUAACCCAGUAGCGAUGGGUAAGGCGAGAUCGAAGCAGCUUCAGAUAAAGGAAGGAGACUAUUCCGACGACCCAUCAUCUAGGUUCGGUGAUAAAGUGCUCAACAUUCAGAUUCACGGCGAUGCGGCGUUUACCGGUCAGGGUAUAAACCAGGAGCUGCUGAUGCUGUCACAAGUACCGCACUACCACGUCGGCGGCUCCAUACAUGUGGUCACCAACAAUCAGAUAGGCUUCACUCUGCCUGCGCACCGCAGCCGCACGUGUCGCUACGUCACCGACCUCGCCAAGUCCAUCUCUGUGCCCGUCAUACACGUCAACGGUGAUCAUCCAGAGCUUGUCCUAAAAGCGACCCGCAUAGCCUUCGAAUACCAGCGGAAGUUCCGCAAGGACGUGUUCAUAGACUACAACUGCUUCCGGCGCUGGGGGCACAACGAGAUGGACGACCCCACCUUCACCAACCCCCUUGUCUACAAGGUCAUCCACAGCAGGAGGAGCAUACCAGACAUGUACGCUAACAAGCUGGUGUCAGAAGGUGUGGUCAGCGAGGCAGAGAUAGCUGAUAUCGGCACAAACUACACACAGUAUUUACAGCAGCAGCAUGAGGCCGUCAAGACUUAUAAGCCAGAGGCGGACUACUUCUCCGAGCAAUGGUCGUCCAUGUCUCCCGCACCUGCUGCGGUGGAGACCUGGGACACCGGGGUGGAUCUCAACACGCUCAAGAGCAUUGGAGUCGCCUCUGUCAACUUGCCUGGUGAUUUCGAAGUCCAUUCUCACCUGGCCAAGACCCACAUUCGAAACAGACUGAACAAGCUAUCAGAGGGAACUGCCCUGGACUGGUCUACAGCUGAAGCUCUUGCUUUUGGGUCUCUCCUUCUCGAGGGUCGUCACGUGCGGUUAUCUGGCGAGGACGUGGGUCGCGGUACCUUCUCCCACCGCCACGCCAUGCUGGUCGACCAGCGGACGGAGAGGAUACACAUCCCGCUGAACCACAUGCAUGAGGACCAGAAGGGGUUCUUGGAAGUGGCGAAUUCCAUACUCUCAGAGGAAGCAGUAUUAGCGUUCGAGUACGGCAUGGCAUUUGACAACCCCAACAACCUGAUUAUCUGGGAGGCCCAGUUCGGAGACUUCUAUAACGGGGCUCAGAUUAUAGUGGACACCUUCAUCGCUUCGGGAGAAACCAAAUGGAUGCGCAGCAACGGUCUAGUCAUGCUGCUCCCGCACGGGUACGACGGUGCGGCGUCAGAGCACUCCUCCUGCCGCAUCGAGCGAUUCCUGCAGAUGACAGACAGCUCGGAGACCAGCCCCGACUCCGAGGAGGUAUCCAUGAACAUCGCCAACCCCACCACACCGGCGCAGUACUUCCAUCUGUUGAGGAGACAGGUAGCCCGGAACUACAGGAAGCCGCUAAUCGUGGCAUCACCGAAGAUCAUCCUGCGGUCCCCUGACGCGACAUCCCCGUUAGCGGACUUCGCACCCGGCACGCACUUCCAACCUGUACUCGGUGACAAAUUCGCGGACCCGCUCAAGGUCAAACGCGUGAUCCUCGUCAGCGGCAAACACUACUACGACUUACACCGCGAGCGACUGGCGGGGAAUGUGGACGACGUCGCCAUACUGCGGCUGGAGGCGCUCGUGCCAUUCCCCGUAUUGCAUCUACAGCAGGAGUUGCAAAAGUAUAGGAAUGCUAAAAAAUUCAUCUGGAGCCAAGAAGAACAAAGAAACAUGGGACCUUGGAUGUUUAUCAAGCCGAGAUUUGAGAAUUUAUUGGGAAGAAAGAUUCAGUACUCUGGAAGACCCGAGCUGGCUACGAUAGCGGUCGGCGCCAGUAAGCUGCAUCAAGCCGAAGUUGAACGAAUUAUAAAAGACCCGCUUUACAAAAUGAAAUGAAUGAUGAGAUUAUAA